AUGGAUGGAAACAAUUUACAAGUAAUUGAAGAGAAAUUGGAUUUCUUUAUGGCAUAUUGGAAGAUACGAACAAUUGAAAAUGGAUCUGGAGGAUAUACGCGAUCACGCACUGAAUCACGAGUUGACCUUAUAAAAUUGCACAAUACUCAAACAAACACUUCAGAUUUUAUAACGAAA